UAAUAAUAAUGAACCACAACUUAUACAAACACCACCUGUUGAACCUGAUCUAAUCAAUACUGAAUCUCAACAACGUACUCAACGAUUAACAAAAGAAGAAAAACAUAAAAUACAUAAUCGUGCAUGCACUCUUAAACAACGUAAACGAUAUUAUCAACAUGAAAUUAAAUGCCGAAAUAUUGAUAAACGAUUUACUAUUCGAAAUAUAAAAGACAUUCUUCGACAACAUCGAAUUUCAUUUACAGCUAUUAAUUUCUCAACAUCAUCUACUACUCAUGAACGUACAUUACAUAUUGGUAUAAAGGAUAUAUCAAAAGUAGAAACAUAUGAAGUUCAAAUUAAAACUUUAUUUACCAGUGAACAUUAUCAACAAAUUAAAUAUAAAGUUCAUCAUCGUGCAAGUCGUCAUUGUCGGGAAAAUAAUUAUUAUCGUCGUCGUGCAUCAAGUAAUCGUAAAUAA